CAAAGAUGAUGUAGCGGCGGGGGAAGGAAGAAAGCCGGUGCUGUCAGCGCGCGGCUCCGGCGGGACUCGGCGGCCAGGCGCCCGCGUUGACGCAGGCUGGCCUGGCACCGCCGGCUGCCCACUUCGCCCCGGCGCGCUGGGGGAUGGGCGGCCAGCCCCUGGAGGGGAGCGCCAGCCCGGGCUUCCUAUUUCGGGAGCUGGAUGGGGGUGGGGGCGGGCCACGCCUCAUCACGUGACACGGGGGUUAUUUAAAGCGGCGGCGCGGGCUGCGAGCCGGGGUCCCGAAUCCUUCCACCCCUGCUUUGUCGUUUCUUCGCUAACAGCCUAGCCCAGCCUCACCAUGGCGGACGCCUUCGCAGGCACCUGGAAGCUGGUGGACAGCAAGAAUUUCGAUGACUACAUGAAGUCCAUCGGUGUGGGUUUUGCUACCAGGCAGGUGGCCAGUAUGACCAAGCCUACCACAAUCAUCGAAAUAAAUGGGGAUACAAUCACCCUAAAAACACAAAGCACCUUCAAGAACACAGAGAUCAGCUUCAAGCUGGGGGUGGAGUUUGACGAGACAACGGCAGAUGACCGGAAGGUCAAGUCCACCGUGACGCUGGAUGGAGGCAAACUUGUCCACGUGCAGAAAUGGGAUGGGCAAGAAACAAAACUUGUGCGGGAGCUCGUGGAUGGCAAACUCAUCCUGACGCUCACCCACGGCAAUGUAGUGUGUACGCGCACUUACGAGAAGGAGGCAUGACCAGCCCACUGCUUCACUGACUGUUCCGCUGCCAGCUGGCUACCCCUGGACUCAGCACCAGAUUGCCUCGUCUUUUCCUCUGGCGUUUUGUAUAAAUCCACCUUGGGGGGGGAGAGUUCUUCUGGGGGUUAGGUGCACCAUCCUGGAUACAGUUCCAGUUCCCAUUGUUUGUGUCUUAACUGCAUCCAAAGAGUGCUCUGAGGUCAAUAAAGCAGAGCCAAGGACA